GGAGCAUCUAUGAGCAAAGAAGCUGAGGAAAAAAAGGAAAAAGGAAAGAAGGCAAAGAAGACACGGUGAAGGCAGGAGCCUCAGCAUCUCUAUACUCAGACGAAGCUUUGUAAACCUUGUUUAAGUGCAGUGAGGAGUAGAUAGAACUAUAGGGUGUGUAUAGGGUGCUAUAAAACUUGCUGUUGCUGCUAUGAGCCUGCUCGUCUUAUUCUCAGUGCUUCUUGUGUCUCUGAGUGGCGGAAGAUGUGCUGUAAUCACUGGGGCGUGUGAUAGGGAUGUCCAGUGCGGCAUAGGGAUGUGCUGUGCGGUCAGUCUGUGGCUGAGGGGCCUACGAAUGUGCACACCGGAGGGGUUUGAGGGAGACGAGUGUCAUCCAUUUAGCCACAAGGUACCAUUCCCUGGAAAGAGGCAACAUCACACCUGCCCCUGUCUGCCUCUCUUUGUGUGCACCAGAUUUGCUGACAGCAGAUAUCGGUGUACCAAAGAUUACAAAAGUAUAGAUUUUUAAAUGCCUAUAUUAUAGACAAAGAAAAACAGAGGGCUGUGCUCUAGGAGAAAUGAGUACUUGAGAAUUAGAAAUGAUAGGAUAAUAGUAAGUGCCACAGUCACUGAUUUUUGUUUGUCCCAUUCAUGCACUUUGCACAAAACAUUCUUAUCAUUUUUCCAAAAUAGCAGUUUAAACCCUUAAGUGUUUGAGAAACACAAUGUCAUACAGUGUUUACACUGGCAUCUAAUGAAGCCAUGUGCAGUGAAACCCAGUCUGAGUUUGCAUAACAAACAGCACCCAGAGCACAUUUUCAAAUAAAUAUAUUUCUCAAUAAAAAGUGUGCUCUGUGUUAUUCAAAUGCUUUCUGACUGAAAUGUGAAUCCAGAUGUUCGAUUAACCUAAAUAUUGUUGUAAAUAUUUGUAUCCUGUCAAAGCACUCAAUUAAGAAUUAAACCUUGGAAUUAUAAGGUUCUGUGUCCUUUUUUACUUUCAAAUUCACUGAUAUGUAAAUAU